AUGUUAGAACAUAGGUUUAACAAUAAGAAAUUUAUGUCCACAUGUAUUUUAAACCGACUAUUUGGCCAGCGUAAUAUUGGAAAUGAAUCAUCAAAGGCACUUAAAGAUUUGCUUGAUGUUACAAGUGAUUGUUUGCAUGAACUUACCAAUAUUGGAAUAGAUGUUAGUUCGUGGGAUGUGAUUAUUGUUUAUGUCGCAAGCUUGAAGUUGGACGUAGAAUCUAGGAAGCAGUGGGAACUGCAUGUUAGUAAAUCCUCCGAUGAUCUACCUUCAUUUAAACAGUUUUGCGAGUUUUUAGAGACGCGUUUUCGUGCCCUAGAAUGCGUUGAGCCUAAACAUAGGGCAAGAGGCGAUAAUAAUCCUACAUCUCACACUAAAGUAAUGCAUGGUACUACUAAUGUUUCAUGUCCACAUUGUUCCGAGAGCCAUAAGCUCAGCAGUUGUAAGAAGUUUUGUCAACUAGAUAUUGACGAUCGUCGUGCCAUUUCACAGUCUUUAGGUGUCUGUUUUAAUUGUCUGGGAAGUCAUCAUACUUCCAAAUUUUGUCGUGUUCUUUCAAAAUGCCGUAUAUGUCAGAGGAAGCAUCAUACGUUGUUGCAUCCUAAGAACCCUGUUGGAGCUAGUGGUAGUGAGGCUUCUACGUCAGUGGAGCCUGUCACCUCACCUGAACGUACUUCAGAGCCAGUACAUGAUGUUAGUGCAAACAUAGCAACUCAUUUUGUGAAUGGACAAGCGCAGGGUCAAGUCUUGUUAGCCACGGCUUUGGUGAAGGCCGAAUCACAAAUUGGGUCCUCUCAAAUCUUGAGAGCUUUAUUGGAUCAAGGAUCCCAAGCAUCCUUCAUAACAGAGGCAGCAGCGCAAUUACUUCGCUUAAAGAGAGUAGUUUCUAAGACUACUAUUGCAGGUAUAGGAGGUGGUCAUGGCAACAUCGUUUCUAAACAUGUAGUGAAUAUUAAUAUACAAUCGUUGCAUGAUCCCUCUUUUACCGUGAAGGUUACUGCGCAUGUACUUAGCUCACUGACCUCAGUUAUGCCAGAUACAUAUUUUGAACUUGAGGAUUGGCCAGAAAUCCACAGUAUAAGUCUAGCAGACCCAAAGUUCAACUGUCCUAAUAAAAUCGACAUUUUAUUAGGAGCUGAAACAUAUGGUCGUAUUUUAAAGGAAGGUCUGAUCAAGAGCCCAGCAGGCUCUCCGGUUGCACAAGACACGCAUUUAGGUUGGAUUGUGUCAGGCCAUGUUAGUAAAGCAAAUAAGUUGCUAACUUCCCAUAAUACUGUGAUCGCUAUGCACACUCAAAUUGAAGAGAACGAUAUGUUAAAACGUUUAUGGGAGUUAGACUCUGAAACUACUUUAACGAAAAGGCUUUUUACGCCUGAAGAACAGGCCUGCGAAGAGUUUUAUGCACAAUCCACGGAAAGAGAUGAAAAUGGGCGUUAUGUCGUAAAAUUACCUUUUCGUUCAGAAGAUCCACCUUGUAAAUACGGUCAGUCUAAAAAUAUUGCGGUAAAAAGAUUGCUAGGUUUAGAAAGGAAGUUGGGUAGGGAUCAUGAAUUAAAACAACAGUAUACUGAUGUGAUAAACGAGUAUUUAUUGCUGGGCCAUAUGGAGAAAAUUACCGACGAGGCUGAAAGAAAUAAAAGUGAUGCGGUUUAUUUGCCUCACCACGCAGUGGUUAGACAAGAUAAACUGACUACUAAGGUAAGAGUGGUUUAUGACGCGUCGUGUAAGGGGACAAACGGAGUUUCCUUAAAUGACACCUUAAUGGUAGGACCCACUCUUCAGGCUGAUUUAAGACAUAUUGUCAUGAGAUGGCGACAACAUCCGAUUUGUCUGGUAGCAGACAUAAUAAAAAUGUAUCGCCAAAUUAAAGUCGCUCGAUCGGAUGCAGAUUUCCAAAGAAUUGUCUGGAGAGAGGAUCCUGACAAAGAGAUAGAGGACUUUCGACUUCUGACUGUCACCUUUGGCACAUCGUGCGCCCCUUACUUGGCUGUUAAGUCGUUACAUCAAGUUGCGCGCGAGGAAGGUAGUAUAUAUCCAUUGGCUGCUGAAAGAGUGACGUCAGACUUCUACAUGGAUGAUUUGAUGACUGGAUGCACAUCUGAAACAGAAGUGAAAAGGAUUUAUAGUGAAAUGAAUAAUUUAUUAGAGAAAGGGGGGUUCCAAUUGCAAAAGUGGACAAGCAAUAGAAUGUCCUUGUUGGAAAGCUUAAAAGAAAGUUUUGGAAGAGACUUGGAAAUCAAAACUGAUAAAGUAACUAAGAUUCUGGGCCUUACCUGGAACAGGAACACGGAUGAAUUUGAUUAUUCUGUGAAGAUGUCACCUCCGGCUGCACCUGAAACAAAAAGAACGGUCAUAUCAGAAAUAUCACGACUUUAUGAUCCAUUAGGAUGGAUAGCUCCGUGCAUCAUAACUUCUAAGGUUUUCAUACAGAAGCUAUGGAUUAGUGGCAUAGGUUGGGAUGAUGAACUGCCACCAGAUCUCGCACAAGAGUGGAGAUAUUACAGAACAGAAUUAGAGAAACUGGUGGAUUUUCAUAUUCCCAGAUGGAUAGCUUAUGCGGCUGUGGUGUAUUGUCGCAUUGUUAACGCUAGGGCGCAAAUUCACUCGCACCUCAUCACCGCAAAAACGAAGGUAGCUCCUAUCAAGCAGAUAUCCAUUCCACGCUUGGAAUUGUGUGGUUCUGUUCUAGUAGCAAAAUUAUUGAUAGAAGUAGCUGAAGUUAUGAACAUUCCAAAGGCUAAUAUACAUGCGUGGACCGAUUCAUCGGUGGUUUUGGCCUGGUUAAAUGAUCAUCCAAGCCGUUGGAAAACUUACGUAGCCAAUCGCACUUCCGAGAUCCUUAGUUUGCUGGACAACACGCAGUGGGCUUAUGUUAAAUCUAAAGAAAAUCCAGCAGAUAAUAAUAUCGCUUCUCGUGGGGUAUCUCCAGCAGUUUUACUUAAUGACGAUUUAUGGAAACGAGGACCAGGUUGGUUAAGAAAUGAUCAGAUAGAGUACACCAGACCUAGCGCAAUACGCACAAACGAGGAGAAAAACCCUGUUAAGGUUCACACUACCAACUUGGUACCGGAUUUUGAAGUCAUUUGGGGAACUAGGUAUUCAUCACUUACACGUCUAGUAAGGGUUGUUGCGUACUGUAAAAGGUUUUUGCAAUCAACAAGAGCUCGUAAGGAGAACAGUAAAGUAGCAGCUUACCUGUCAGCAUCCGAAAUUCGCGAAGCUUUGAAUGUGUGUAUCCGGCAAAGCCAACAGCAAUGGUUUCAUGCAGAAUUGAUGGCCCUGAAAAAUAAAGUUUCAUUAGAAAAAACGAGUCCUUUAUAUAAAUUAAAUGUAUUUAUUGACCAAUCUGAGAUAUUGCGCGUUGGAGGAAGGCUGCGAUACUCUCCACUACUCGACGACACAAAGCAUCCAGUAGUUAUUCCUCAUGAUUCAAGUUUGGCCAAGUUAAUUGUCGCCGACGCUCAUGAAAAGACUUUUCAUGGAGGACAGCAACUAGUACUCAAUUUUAUACGCACCAAGUACUGGAUCAGCCGGGUAAAAUAUAUCGUACGAGCUCAUAUACGUCGUUGUGCUCCUUGUAUUCGAUAUGCGGCGACCACAAAACAACAGUUUAUGGGAGAGCUUCCAGCUUGCAGAGUGACACCCAGCAAACCAUUUCUCAACUCUGGUGUCGAUUACGCGGGCCCCAUUAACAUGAGAGUGUCUAAGGGUCGUGGACAGCGGUCGUAUAAAGGUUAUAUCUGCUUAUUUGUGUGCAUGGCCACGCGCGCAGUACACAUCGAGGCAGUUUCAGAUUUAACCACUGAGGGUUUCCUAGCAGCUUUCAAACGGUUUAUAUCCCGGCGCGGACAGUGUCGUCAUAUAUGGAGCGAUAAUGGCACCAAUUUUGUGGGCGCUGCCAAGGAGUUACAGAUCCUGUUCAACCAGGAGAGUUCAAUGUUUAAAGACAUUGCAGCUGCUCUUGCAACCUCUCAAACGGAAUGGCACUUUAUCCCUCCCCAUGCUCCAAAUUUCGGUGAACUGUGGGAAGCAGGGGUUAAAAGUGUAAAACACCAUCUGAGGCGCGUCAUAGGUGAUUCUACGUUAACUUUCGAAGAAUUGUCCACGGUCCUGUCUCAAAUUGAGGCGUGCCUAAACUCUAGGCCCUUGUCUCAGGGUAGUAGUGAUCCAGAGGAUCCUGUACCACUAACUCCUGGGCAUUUCUUAGUGGGUCAGCCAUUGGUAGUGGCUCCCGACUACAAUUAUGAAAAUGCCACAGUUAGUACUCUCCGCAGGUGGCAAUUGGUACAACGUAUGGUGCAGCACUUCUGGCGUAGGUGGAAACAGGAAUAUUUGACAAACUUCUUCCAAAGGCACAAAUGGAAUAUACGUACAUCUGACUGUAAGUCCAUUGUUCUUGUUGUUGCUGAGUUUGUUCAUGGUGGGCGGUAG